GGCGGGGCCGUGCGGGGGGCGGCCGUGUGCGAGGCGCGAGUGUGAGCGCGCGCGGGAGACGAGCGGGCGAGCGGGCUCCGGGAAGGCGAGCGGCGGAGCCCGCGGGCGGACGGGGAGAGGCGGCGGGCACCCGAAGUUGCCUCCUUCGCCAGCCCGCGUCCCCCGGGGGGCGGGAGCCCGGCGGAGCAGCGGCCGGGGGGACCCGGGCCCCGGCGGCACCUGGGCAGAAGCCCCGCACGAGCGGCGGCGGCGGGGGCGGCGUUGGCGGCGGCGGCGGCGCGCGGGAAGAAGCGAACCGAGGCUCCGGCGCGGCGCGGCGGGCGCUGGAGAGCUCCGCUCAGGUGCGCGGCGAGGGGCGCGGGCCGGGGCCGGGCUGCUGGGGCCGGAGCCACGCCGGCACCGCACUCCCUGCAGGAUCUCCACCCGCACACGCCUGGGUCCCAGGUCCCGCCCGCCGUCCUGGGAGGCAACCCCGGCCGGGGUCCCCCCGCCCCCCUGGGAGCUGGCUAAGGCGGCCCGGCCCCCGGGCACGACCCACCACCGCCAGGGCCCGCCCCGCCCUCGUGCCGCCGGCGCCCACCCGCCCCGGGCCCGGGAUUCCUGAUUUCUGAGGCUGUGGCCCCCGCGGCCGGGGCAUCCCUCCGGGCUCAAGUUGCAAGGGGGCGGGCCCGGCCGGAGGUGGAGUCUCCAUCCCGCCAAGGGAAGCCUCGGCUAUAAAUUGAGCUCCCUGCACCUCUCCGGCCAGAUGCCGGGCCAGGCCGCCCCGCCGCUGCUGGGGGGGGAGGGCGGGGGGUCCCAGGGGGCGUGGGGGGCCGUGGCUACCAUGCUCCGCUCCCUCUUGCUUCACGCCCUGAGGCUGUGCGCCCAGACGGCCUCGUGCCUCACGCUCUUCCCGCGCUUCCUCUGCACGGCCUUCAUGCUCUGGCUGCUCGAUUUCCUGUGCAUCCGCAAGCAUUUCCUGGGCCGGAGGCGCCGCGGGGGUCGCCCCGAGCCCGAGGUGGAGCUCCAGGGCGACGAGGAGGAGGAGGAGGCGCCCCCCGACGACCCACCCAUCUGCGUGUCCGACGACAACCGCCUGUGCACGCUGGCCUCGCUGCGGGCCGUGUGGCACGGCCAGAAGCUGGACCUCUUCAAGCAGGCGCACGAGGGCGGCCCGGCGCCCAACUCGCAGGUGGUGCUGCCCGACGGCUUCCAGCACCAGCACAUCCUGGACUUCGCGCGCGGGGACCGCCCGCUGGUGCUCAACUUCGGCAGCUGCACCUGACCGCCGUUCAUGGCGCGCAUGAGCGCCUUCCGCCGCCUGGUCACCAAGUACCGGCGCCACGUGGACUUCCUCAUCAUCUACAUCGAGGAGGCGCACCCCUCGGACGGCUGGGUCACCACGGACACCCCCUACAUCAUCCCGCAGCACCGGAGCCUGGACGACCGGGUCAGCGCGGCCCGGGUGCUGCAGCAAGGGGUGCCCGGCUGCGCCCUGGUCCUGGACACCAUGACCAACGCCAGCAGCUCCGCCUACGGCGCCUACUUUGAGCGCCUCUACGUCGUGCAGAGCGGCGUCAUCAUGUACCAGGGCGGCCGCGGCCCUGAUGGCUACCAGGUCUCGGAGCUGCGCGCCUGGCUGGAGCGCUACGACCAGCAGCUGCAGGGCGCACUGGCCCGGCCGGUGUAGGCGCCCGAGGGGGACCGAGGAACCAUGGACCGAACUGGGAGGGCCCCGCCUUCGCGCCUUCGAGGCCCACGUGCCAACGAGGUCCCCAGCCAAGCCAGCUUCGGCGAGGGCCCCCGUGGUGACCAGCUGUGCUGAGCCACAGGUGGCAGGCUGGGUCUGCACCCUCAGCCUUCUGAAGGCCCCCACUCCCAGCCCCUCCUCUGCUCCUGUGACUGUCCCUGCCUUCUGCGUGUGGAUGUGGUGCUGCCCUUUGCCUCGUGCCCCUGGACUUGUCCCCAAGAGACCCCCUGCGGUGUUCUCUGGCGCCCCCUCCCCAGAGCAAAGGCCAACAGAGCCUUUGGCAGGGUCAGCGCUGUGGCCUCUGCAGAGAGACUCCUCCGGCCGCGCCCUGGCACCUGCCCCAUCACCCUGUCGCCACACCUGCCACGGGGGAGGGGGUACCGGCUGUUCUGUGUCUGUGUCGUGUCCUUGCGGUGGGGGAAGGGGGUGGGCAGGGUCGCUUCCCCCCCUGCGUUGCGGCGCCCCGGAGCCCCGCUGCUGAUGAUGAGCUGCCUCUAACUGGUCUUGACCACGAGCUGCCUCUGAAUUGCAGGGGGGCCCCCAGCGGCGCCUGAAACCAGGCGGGGGAAGAGCCCUGGGCUUCCACGAGGAAACCACCAUCGUGGGGGCGGGGCAGGGGAGGGGGUGGGGACUGUCUUGGGACCAGAGGAGAGCGGGGUUCAGGGGGUUCGCAGAGGCCCCCGGAGAAGGGAGAGGCCAAGGCUCCCAGAAGUGGGGUCUGGGGGGCCUCAGUGGGAGGCCUCCUGUGCAGAGCUGCC